GAUCACCUAGUUCACCACAGCAUCAUGAGCUCUCUCGCGAACAGCAAGCCUCUGGCUAUGUGCGCUGUCGGUGGUAGCCUUGCAACCUUGGGAUACAUGUACGUUGCAGGCAAGCAGAGCAAGACCGAGAACCAGCCUGCAUCAAUAUACAAGACUGAAGAGCAGGGCGCUGGCUUGACGAGCGGUCAAACCGACGCGCGGUUAGGUUCGAAAGAGAUUCGGGAGGCUGUUCAUGGCGACCGCAAGCCCUGAGGCAUCGAAUCGCGCACAAGAACAAGCGCUUGGACGUGAUCAUACGUGAGUCGCGCGUGCAUCUUGUUGCAAAAGUCGUGCCAAUACAAACAUAACAAGUCGUCAUGUAUUGCAAGCCUCAACACGAAAUCCAUUGUACACUAUAUUAGCCUACAUGCCUCCGCAUCGCACGCUGCUCUCUGUAUCUACCUCUCGGUAAUUCC